GUCAGUGUGAGACUCAGUUUGGGUCAGACACUGUGUUUGAGUGAGAUCAGAGGUCAGAGGUCAGAGGUCAGGGUCAGAGGUCAGACAUGAGAAGGACCUGUGUGUGUGUGUGUGCUCUGCUGCUGCUGGGGCUUCAAACUGCAGAUGGAUAUUUACAUGUUGUGACACACAGCUGUGAGUUCAACUCCACUGACCCUAAGGACAUACAGUACAUUUACUCUCAUUUCUACCACAAACUGGAGUACAUCAGGUUUGACAGUCGAGUCGGGAAGUUUGUGGGAUACACAGAGUACGGAGUGAAGAACGCAGAGAGAUGGAACAAAGAUCCUGCAACGCUCGAGAGGCGGAGACAUGAGAAGGACAGACUCUGUGUCAACAACAUCAACAUCUGGAACGAUGCCAUCCUCUCCAAAUCAGUGGAGCCGUACGCGGUGCUGAACUCGGCGCCCUCUGCUGGCAGUGACAGGGUUCUGGUCUGCAGCGUCUACGGCUUUUACCCCAAAGACGUCACCGUGUCCUGGACCAACCACCACCAACCCCUGACCAUCGGAGUGACCAGUACUGACCUAAUGCCCCACGCAGACUGGUACUACCAACUGCACUCACAGCUGGAGUACUCCCCCAGGUCUGGAGACCAGAUUUCCUGUGUGGUUGAACACAUCAGUCUCAAAGAGCCCCUGGUCCUGGACUGGGAGGACGCUGUCUCGGACGGGGACAGGAAUAAGUUUGCCAUUGGAGCGUCUGGUCUGGUCCUGGGUCUGGUUCUGUCUUUGGCCGGGUUCAUCUUCUACAAACACAAGUCCAGAGGCUGGGUCAUGGUCUCUCGUGGUUCCUGAAGUCUCGUCUUGUGACGUUUGGACUAAAUCUUCUUCUUUUGCUGAAAUCAGAAUGAAACAUAUUUAAUAAAAGUGAUUUUAAACAGAUGAAGAUGAAACUUUAUGGUUCAUCUGGUGUUUUUUAUGAUCUUAAUGUCUCUGUGUCCCUCGUCCUCCAGUUCAGACUAAACCUGGAGGACGAGGUGCAGGACUAAAGUCCUGUCUCCUUUAAUGAGUUAAACAGAUUAUUCACACAAAUCAAAUGUAAACAUGAUGAUUAUUGAUCUGUGAAACUCUCCGUUUGAGGGCGUUUUUCUGGUGUGGCUUUAAUAAAAUAUAAAUGUGAUUA